UAUUCUAGUCUGACAGCACCAAGAGCAUACACAGCCCCCCCUUUCUUCUGGUUCAGUAUAAAUACUCUGGACUGAUCACAUUCUGUCCUUUUUUUUCCCCUCCGCUCUAAACGUCUUUUUCUGCUGGGCACAGUGAAACAAUGGGAAAGGAAAAGUUCCACAUCAACAUCGUGGUCAUUGGCCAUGUCGACUCCGGCAAGUCCACCACCACCGGUCACCUGAUCUAUAAGUGCGGAGGAAUCGACAAGAGAACCAUCGAGAAGUUCGAGAAGGAAGCUGCUGAGAUGGGCAAGGGCUCCUUCAAGUACGCCUGGGUGCUGGACAAGCUGAAGGCCGAGCGUGAGCGUGGUAUCACCAUCGACAUCGCUCUGUGGAAGUUUGAGACCGGCAGGUAUUAUGUGACCAUCAUCGAUGCCCCCGGACACAGGGACUUCAUCAAGAACAUGAUCACCGGCACCUCUCAGGCUGACUGCGCCGUGUUGGUCGUUGCUGCCGGUGUUGGUGAGUUCGAGGCCGGUAUCUCCAAGAACGGCCAGACCCGCGAGCACGCCCUGCUGGCCUUCACCCUCGGCGUGAAGCAGCUCAUCGUCGGAGUCAAUAAGAUGGACUCCACCGAGCCCCCUUACAGCCAGAAGCGCUUUGAGGAAAUCACCAAGGAAGUCAGCACCUACAUCAAGAAGAUCGGCUACAACCCCGCCACCGUCGCCUUUGUCCCCAUCUCCGGGUGGCAUGGAGACAACAUGCUGGAGGCCAGCGAGAAGAUGAGCUGGUUCAAGAGUUGGAAGGUCGAGCGCAAGGAGGGCGGUGCCACCGGUGUCACUCUGCUGGAAGCUCUGGACUCCAUCCUGCCCCCCUCCCGCCCCACAGACAAGGCCCUGCGCCUGCCCCUGCAGGACGUCUACAAGAUUGGCGGUAUCGGAACUGUCCCCGUCGGCCGCGUUGAGACCGGCAUCCUGAAGCCCGGCAUGGUCGUCACCUUUGCACCCCCCAACCUGACCACCGAGGUGAAGUCCGUGGAGAUGCACCACGAGUCUCUGACAGAAGCCAUGCCCGGCGACAACGUCGGCUUUAACAUCAAGAACGUGUCCGUCAAGGAGAUCCGCCGCGGCAACGUGGCCGGAGACAGCAAGAACGACCCGCCCAUGGCGGCCGACAACUUCACCGCCCAGGUCAUCAUCCUGAACCACCCCGGUCAGAUCUCCCAGGGUUACGCCCCCGUGUUGGACUGCCACACCGCUCACAUCGCCUGCAAGUUCAGCGAGCUCAAGGAGAAGAUCGAUCGUCGUUCCGGCAAGAAGCUUGAGGACAACCCCAAGGCUCUGAAGUCCGGAGAUGCCGCCAUCAUCACCAUGGUGCCUGGAAAACCAAUGUGUGUGGAGAGCUUCUCCCAGUAUCCCCCACUGGGUCGCUUCGCUGUGCGCGACAUGAGGCAGACCGUGGCCGUCGGCGUCAUCAAGUCCGUCGACAAGAAGCUCGCCUCCGGCGGCAAGGUCACCAAGUCCGCACAGAAGGCCGAGAAGAAGAAAUGAAUUCUCAUGCAGGACGUCCAACAAAGAUCCGCGUCCCAGCAGCAGCGGCCCUCCACGUCCCUCCUUCCUCCUCGCCCCCCGACGCCGUCUUCUCUGAGGCAGAGCUCUCUCCUCAAGGACUGGCUUAUGCUGAUCAAAACCCAUCGGAAAAGUUUCCGCAGGAAAGGAAGGCCUGUGCCUCUUAGAGGGAAGCUAUGAUCAUAAACUUAAGUUGAAACCAAAACAAUAAAAAUCUUAAACAUUGCCAAAUAAA